UGGUUGCUCCGUGGCACCGAGAUUAGGCUCGAGUAUCUGUACACUUUGUGAUAUAUGUGGAAAUGGAUUGAUUACUGUGAUGAGACACUUAAUAGAAAGCAGACAACAAGUAGUUUGGUUUACUGAAAGCCUGUAAGAAUGGAUUGAAUCUGUAGCAUUACGAGUUUUGUUUCGCUUCUCGUUUAACAGCCGUAGGUGUUGACAAUGUAUUGGAAACUAAAUACCGUCAUGAAAGUAAAACUUUUCCUCGUGCUUUUGGUUGUUCUUAUUUUCUGGUCUUCUUUUCGCGUCUAUUAUUCGAAUAAACCUGCUCCUCUGACAAGAAUAGAGAUAGCUGAUGAUGGCUCCUCAACAGUGGUCACAUUGCUUCCAGUUCUUGUUGAAGUUUACUAUGAAGCUCUCUGUCCUGACUCCAGAAGCUUUCUCCUAACCGAAUUAUUGCCUACAUAUGAAAAAAUUCCAAAAGCAAUGAAUGUGCAGUUAAUUCCUUAUGGCAAAGCUAAGACUAGUACUUCGGGUAACUCUUUCAAAUUUGAAUGUCAACAUGGUCCGCAAGAAUGUUUAGCCAAUAAAGUCCAUGCAUGUGGAUUGAACUUGAUUCAAAAUGUGGAUACCCAAGUGCAAUAUGCUACAUGCAUGAUAAACGAUAACUGGAAUGCAGAAGAAGCUGGUUCAAGUUGCGCCAAAAAAUAUGGGCUGGAUUGGGAUUCCAUCUGGAAAUGUGCUAAGGGAAACCAAGGCAGCAAACUCCUGUCUUUGUAUGGUAAAAAGACUGACAAGCUUGGUGGUAUUGAUUUUGUUCCAACUAUUGCUUUGCAAGGGAGCACUGAUAAGCAGCCAGCAAUUUUGAAAAAUUUAUUUAAAGAGAUCUGUGCAUUGUACAAGGAUGAGAAGCCAGAAAGUUGUUCAAAAUUAUCUGGUAGUAGCUAACCAUAUUUACCAAAUUUUGGAGUUACAUUCAUAUUGGAUUCACUUAUGGUUACCAUGUUAAAUGAGUGCUGGGGAGUACACAGGGUUGGUUUCAUUUUGAGGGAGGUCAUGCCUCACUUUUUGCCUAGUUACAGGCGAAGUGGGCUGCAAAUUGCCUUACCAUCAGGUGGUUGGCUUCUUAAAUGGCCAAAUAAUAUACCCCUGUGAAGUUUUGUUUUGGGAGAAGAGGGUGGGUCAUAACCUCCCACCCCUGGAUACGUCCCUGAAUGAGUUCUAAAAAUGACUGAUUACUUAGUCUUUACAAGACUAAGAUUCUUAUGGGAUGACUAUGCUUGAUAUUUAAGCUUUCUGUUCAGAAUACUUCCAUUCUUUCUUAUAGUGUUUUGAAUUAAGUAUGUUUGUAAUCUGUGAUUUUGUCCUCUUAAAUCAGUUAUCCAGUAGAGGGAGUAGUACCCCUUUAUGGGUAUGCAAGGCACUGUCUUUUAUUUUAGUACUAGCUGGUUCAUACUUAAAUUUACCUAACACGGUAUUGUCAGUUGUUUUUUUUAAAGUUGAAUGAUUGUGUGUGUUUAUCUAUCGAGAACAAUUGAGCUGGCAGUUUGGAAUAGAGCAUUAAAAGCAAUUUGAAUACUUAAAAAAACCAGGGUCCAUAACCAAAUGUAAGUUUUUAUAUUAAGUUACCUUAAUUUCUUUUAUAGGAAGCUAUUCUGCUACUGUCUGGUUUCACUGAUCAUUUGAAAGCAGAAUUCUGUUUUCUUUUCUUUGGCCUUAGUUUUCAGUGAACUUAGGGUAUCCAAACUUGUACGGUAGCCAAUAAUUUUUGGUUGUGAUGUUUCACCUUGAAAGACUGAUCUCUGCUUCUUGCCAAAAAAAAGUAUUAGGAGACCAGUUAGACCUGAAAUCAUGCCUAAAAUAUAUGACUAUUGGUAUAGGCAUAGCAGGGAGAAUAUUUGUCCAUGUGUGCAGUUAUUAAUUAAUGGCCCCUCAUUUGUAUCUAUUUUAACACUUCCUAGACUCACUAUGGAAUGGGCUAGUACCGCAACUGCUUGUCCUGUGUAUGUGCAGUGCAGCUACUGUUGGUUGGUCGGAACUGUCAAGCAGUUUAAAGUUGCCCAUUUCACAGUAACAAACUAAUUACAAGUUUGAAGUGUUUGUUUCUGAAGUUGUUUUUUUUUUUUUUUAGCUGUUUUUAAACUAGACAUCACAACAAUCCCUUUAGUGUACCUUCAUAAUAAACCUCAAGGGCAUUUUUAUUUGAAAUUGAAAGCUGGAUUUCAACCAAAACAUUUUUGAAUCAUUAUUUUAUAAUUUGGUUGUGACGUGUUAAGCUGCAGCUUUUAUGUAAGAGAAUGGGCUUGCUGAGGUUCAAAUUACACCAAUUUGUUUUUUAUGUGGAUUAGAAAAGCAUUGUUUAGUGUAAAUUAAUGAGUCAGUACUGUCAAUGGAAUUCUGUGAUAAUUAAUUUUUUAUACCAAGAUAUGAGUAGACGAUCCACUAGAUGUCUUAUAAAUAUGAAUAAAUAAAAUUGCUAAUAUUUCUGCUUA